AUGUCAAGUAAUCAACAUAUAGGGACGUCAAACCUAAACGAGAAUGAGGCUAUGCUAACGAAUCGUGUUGUAGAACUGGAAAGGCGGAUGUCGAUGUUUGAAGGAAUCUUCCACGCGUUGAGUAAUCGUCUCGACCUUCACUUCAAAAAAUACGAUGUGGUGGUAAAUUCCCAACAGCAACAAAUUAACGAACUGACCGCCUUUCUAUCAACGUUACUGAAUGACCAGCAACGCCACGCUGAGAUUCUGAGUGAGAAACUGAGUGGAACGUUGCAUGGGGUGUCAGCUACAUCGAUAUCUUUGGGUCAGACCCUUGACCCGCAAGGCUUCACUGAUGGGCCUCCGGCACCGAGCGCUCAGAGGAACUACGGUUCAGUAUCUAUGAAUAAUGACGAAACUGGCAAUACACAAAAUGAAGGGUCCGUUAGCAAUGAGACGCUCUUCGAGGACAUUUUGAAUGGAAAUGCGCAAGAGAAUGAUAAGAAUCAACAACAGUCUAACAGUUCAAAUCCAAUAAACCAAGAAACCAGCGCCAACCCCCCCGUGGAUAGUCGAUUCAACAAGCCGCAGAAUUACAAUCCUAAUCUAGUCCCUUCUUUGGAGGGUUAUUCAGCGAACCCACCCAGUAAUGAUGGUGGCCAAAGUCAAGGUUUAUACAUAAGUAGCACGUCUUCGCAGUCUCAACAGUCUCCUAAUCUGCAGAAAAUUUCUCCAGAUCGUGAAAAUGCGGUGGAAUCGGAUGCACAAGAAAGCGUACCGACAUUUGAAGAGGAACAGUAUGAAACCAAAACGGGACUCAAGAGGAAGCGGAUAGUUUGUACAAGGCCAUUUGAAUUUAUUAAAUCACCGCAUUCAGUGAUGGAAGUAUGGAAGGAGUAUACUGAAGGCAUAAAUGGGCAGCCUUCUAUAAGGAAAAUGGAAGCUCUUUACCAAACAGCAUGGAGGCGAGAUCCAGCAGUGAAUAAAAGAUACUCGAGAAGAAAAGUUCUUUGGAAAGCCAUUCAAACUGGUCUCAACCGUGGGUAUUCCUUGAAUUAUGUUAUUGAAAUUUUAGAAAACUCAAGAUACGUUAACGAUAAACAAAAGGUUAAACAGCCCAUCGGUUGGUUAUGCCAUAGUUCUCAUAUUCCAGAAACUUUGAAGUAG